AUGACAACCUCACAACCCCAAUCCCCCCUCCCAGCCCAUUUGGAUCCGAAUACCUACCCCCGCACCCACAACCCAACAAAAAACAUCCACCUAACACUGACCUACACCCCACUCGAUGCAAACAUCUACCUCGCACAAACUUCCUCCCCGGCAGCCGGCGCAAACAUACUAUUCCUCGGUACAACACGUGACACAUUCGAGGGCCGCCCUGUUUCACAACUUAGUUACACUUGUUACCCACCCCUAGCGUUAAAAACGCUUACGGAUAUCGCCGAGGCUGCCAUCGAGCGACAUGGACUGAUUGGUGUGAGCAUCGCGCAUCGCAUGGGGAUCGUACCUAUUGGAGAGGCUUCGAUUGCUAUCGCGGUCAGUGCGGGACAUCGGGGAGCGGCUUGGAGGGGUGGGGAGGAGGUGCUUGAGAAUUGUAAGGAGAGAGCGGAGAUUUGGAAGAGGGAGGAGUUUGUUGAUGGGGGGAUGGAGUGGAGGGCUAAUGCUGAUCGGGAUGCGGAGGGGAAGUUAGUUUCUGGAAGUUCAUGA